AUGACUUCCACCAUCGUUCCAGGCGAAGGAUUCGCCGAUUUCUUAUACUUGGGCACCUCCCUCUAUGAUACCGUGGCCACGUUGAAAUCGACCAACCACCCGAUGCAAAUUGCCUACUCGGCUAGAAAGUACCUUGAGUCACCGAUCCUCAUAACAAUCCCAACUUUGGGACUACGGCUCACGUUUCUGAGCGCACAGUGCCAGGAGCUUCAGCUUAUAGAAGUGUUGAACUUUGAUAUGGUGAAGUUUGCGUACAAUGGACAGCAAUUGAACGAGAUUCUGUUCAUUGAGGCUCCGGAGGAGAGCGGUCCAGAAACUGGGGGAAUGCGCCCAUUGCAGAAACUGGUGGAACCGCCGUCUUUAAAAGUCAUCUACAAUAAAAUAUUUGGCCCCACGCAUCCCGGGACUUUGGAUAUGGCCAAGAAGUCGUAUACGUUGAGUUACCCUGGCAUUUGUUUUAAGUUCACCAUCAAGCUGAGAGAGCUACUUAGCAAGCUUGCAGGCCUCAAAGAUGACAACCAGAUUCUCUCCAAGCUCGCGAAUUGGGACGUGGCUCCGGACAUCCCUUGUCGGGCGUUAACGAUAUUCAACGGCAAGAGCUUUGACACUUUCCUCACAAACUUGAAAGAAAACACAGCGUCCAGAACUGGCCUGUUGAGCUCCAGAGAGAAGAUUACUGUCAUGCUCAGCACACGGGAGAUCCUCAUUGAUUUCCCGGAAGUAAAUGGCACAAAGCGAGCCAGCGAGACUCUCCUAUUGGGGGUCAGCACCCAGCAAGAUGCUCUUCGAAUUCUAGGCCCCCCGGAUGCAUACUUCAACAAGUUCGAUUCACACUUGUUGAUCCACAAACAUCUCAAAAAAGAAGCCAGCUCGCCGCCAUGUGAAAGAGCUGGCGUUGUGUACAAGUUUCACAACUAUUUUCGGCUAGGCAUUGAUCUUCUCUAUAACCUUAACCCUAGCGAGAGCUCGGGUGGAGUGCUAGAGAAGAUUGUGCUCCACAAUGGCGGGAUUGUUGAAUCUAUAGAUUUCAUGCAUUGGAACAAUUGUAACUGGGAGAUUCGUUGGAACCGAGAAAGUCAAGCUAAAGUGACCUCAGCAAUGUAUUUCCACGAGUUUGACCAGGACUUCCUAGAAGCGAUCAGCACCUAUAAAACUGAGCCUGUUUUGCUCAACAGAAACGAAUCUGAGAUCACCCGCGAUGAAGACUUGGAGAUUGUGCACGUUGCUGCUAACGGCAAGCUGGACUUGUCGGGACAGGGUCUGUCAACGGAGUCGAUUGGGUCCAAGCCAUCCAAUGAGUUCAAAACGUGGGGCCAGUCCAAAUUGUACGGCUUCGACCAGAAAAAACUCACUCUCAAUCUUCGAAGCCUACAAAUACUAUUCAUUGAAAAUCUCGAUGCCACCAACAACACCUUCAGUGUGAUCGAUUUGACCAACAACGAUAUCAUUGAAUUCAGCGGGAUCCCCGAGCUGCUAGAUAAGCUAGAGACGGUUCUACUAGCAAGAAACAAUAUAUCUAAAGUGAAGAAGGUUCACAAUCAUAGCAUCACCUCACUUUCCCUAGCACACAAUAACCUUACCCGCCUAACUCAAUUGGUAGAGCUCAGGCACCUCUCGCUACAACACCUUGUUCUCAUAGGGAACAAGGUCACAAGGGAGCACACUUACCGUCUUUUUGUGGUGUGGCUCAUCCCCACGUUGAAGGUGCUCGACGGUGAAAAAGUGACACUCAAGGAAAGAAACGAGGCUAAAGAGCUUUUUGGAGAGAGUUACGAAACAGCCACGCCGGCUUUCGAUGCCACUAUAAACGGUGGGGCAUCCGUGCCGGCACCAGAACAGUCCAAGGAGGAGAGGUUGACAGAGGCCACAGUCAGCAAGCUCAGCAAGGAAGAAAAAGAAGAGCUUCUUCGACAGCUUGACGAAGCAGAGUCCUUGGAAGAAAUCCAGAAAAUUCAGGCUGCUCUCAAGGGCAAUGUGUAG